CUAUAAUCAACCAACGAUUUCAGUUUUCCUUAACUUUAUCAUCUCUCUUUCUGCACCGUCAGUUUCUAUCGCUUUACACAAGACUUCAAUCAAAUACUCAUAUUCAUACGAUACAUAGCCACUCAACGAAUAUUUUAUUAGUGAUAUUCCUCAGUCUUCCAAACGACUCUCAUCUAAUACACCAUGGAGUCCGAACAGGCCAUGGUCCCGAGGAACAUACCCGUUUCUGAGGAAUUGUGGCGUGAGUGGAAGGAUUUCAUCUACGAAGAAUUUAUUGUCAAUGAUCGUGGGAUUCAUGAGGUCUUCGAGAGUCUAAAGCAACGAAACCCUCAAGUAACGAUGGCACAAUAUCGUACCAAACUUAGAGACUGGGCUUUUUGCAAAAACUUAACUGCUAAGAACUGGCGCUACGUCGCGCACUCAAUCCAGAAGAGGAGGUCCCAAAAUAAGGAUACUGCUGUAGUACUCUCGGGGAAGCGGAUUCCUCAAACGAAAGUGAAAAACCUAACAGGCCGCCACAAGACGGUAACCCUUCGCGACAAAUGGAGACCUCCUCCCAGUCCAGAACUUCCCAAUACAGAUAUCCCCCUUUACAUAUGCACACCCCGAGCCGCUUCGCCUGUUGAAACUCCAGGCUAUGAAUGGCCAAAUUCUCUUCCAUGGUUUCAACUCUGCGAAUCUAUCCUGCCAAAGUUAAUGUCCGGUCUAAAAUUAUUACCUGAAAAUGAGACGGGGGCGGCGAGCUUUGAAACCAGUUCCCAGGAAAGGAGACUACGUGAAAGGCGCCAAUCCAAUGGACAUAUGGCGUGGGCUGCCUUUGAGAUACUCGUCCGACAAAGUAUGAAGAUUGUGAUAGGUUCGGACACGCUUGUUGAAACCCUGCUAUUGAGAAAGAGCGUCGACCGCAUCUCGGGGUAUCUAGACGAUGUCAUUCCACCUCAUUCGCUUGACGAAAAUUUAAGAAGAGCAGUCAUUUUAACGGGUGGUACACGCUCUGAAGUACUGGAAGAAGUACUAAAGAUUCUUCUGUUUUUGUCAUCAAAUUUUAUCAUCAUGGACAGGUACAAAAAUUAUGGGCUUCAAUAUUUCGAACAAGCUCGAGCUUUUAUAGAUGUGUUUCGCAUGUCUGGUCUGGCCGAGGCACAAACACUGGCAAAAUUAGUCGAAGCCUCGCUUAACAAUCCAACCGUGACAGCUGUAAUUGAUGUAUUAUACGACGCAGCUGUCGCCACGGAAGCAGCAGAUAUUGUCUUUAAAUUACUUGCAGCCGAUGGUCGAAUUCAUAUCGAUCACCCUGUUUUAUGGUCUCAACGUAUUGACUACGCAACUCCCAGUUCGGCGUUACAAUCCGCAUGUGUCAAUGGCUCUCUUGAGUUCGCGAGCCAUAUGAUCAGAGCCGGUGCUAGCAUUACUGCAUAUGACGAGCUCGGAUACUCGCCUCUAAUGCUUGCUGCACUUGCUACACCCAAUAGUAGGGCAAUUCAACUCGUCCAAUUGCUGCUUCAACAAGGUGCAAUUUUGAAUGAUGAACAGCUAUCAAAAUCGUUAUGUAUAGCGAUUAUGAAAGGAAAUUUCCAGCUAAUCGACCUAUUACAUGAAUUAGGAGUAAACUUUACUCUCAUGUGUCCUGUUACUGAACCUCCUUUUACCCAGUGGGAAUUCACGGCAGAACUAGACUAUGUAACGUGCAUAGGACUGGCUGCUCACUAUAAAACUGAAGACAUUACAAAGAUGAACUGGUUUACAAAUGUGACUGGUAGAAUUCUAGAUUAUGAAGAGGUGGGGGAGGGGGCGGAUGAGGAUAUUUCUCUGCGCCUGGUAAAACACAUCCUUGACCGGGCUGGUCCUAAGUUUGAUAUCGAUGGAAAGCAUAAAUCCGAUGCGAUUAUACUUGCUUCCCAGCGCGGAUAUAACAGUGUUAUUUCAUUCCUGUAUCACAGUGGCGCACGACUCGACUCUGAGAAUGGGUGUCUGGAUCCUAUUCGCGCCGCGGUGAUUUGGGCUAAUGUUGAAACAUGUCGACUCCUUCUAGAGCUUGGGGCGUCAGCUCAACCCGAUUCGCAUCGUCUAAAGUGGAGGCGUAUCAAUUACAAUCUAUGGGGGCAUGCUGGAGUCCGUCCGGCCCGGUUAUCCCUCCUGCAUAUCGCAGUAUACUACGAUUCUCAAGAGAUAGUAGACCUUUUGAUUCGGGCUGGGGCGGAUAUCAAUUACAUAUGCCGUAUAUACAUGUAUGACCAGGACCCGGAAAUUGGGGAAGGAUAUAAAUUUCAAAUUGGGCCCAUGGAUGAAGAAGAAGAGGGGGAGGAGGAGGAAGACUAUGACGACGAUGAGAGUGAAAGAGCAUACGAAGGAGAGAUGAUUUACACUUCACCAUUACAUUUGGCGAUACGUAUCGGCGCCUGGAAAUUCGCAUUGUUUCUUGCUAACUUAGGGGCAACUCCUACCUGUGGUGAUCUAUUCCGUUCCGCGGAGGCUGGGCAAUAUCAAUUAGUUAACCAACUAAUUGAGCUAGGAGCGGACAUGAGUGAAGGGGCUAAUGCACUUCAUAUCUCAAUUUGCAAUGAGCAUGAACCAGUUGCAUUGCAGUUGCUUAAAUCAGGUGUGGUAGUUGGACACGAUACUCUUAUUUCCGCAUUCACAUACGGACAUCAUAAACUCGCUAUAGAGCUAAUCGAAACCGGAGUCCAAUUAUAUGAAUCAGAACUAUCAUGGGCUUUCCGGAUACCAAACGAAUUAAAAGUGCGGUCUAUCCUGCAAUCCCGAGAACCGUACCAUUAUCUCAACAACAGAAGCCCAGAUGGAAGAAGUUUCUUGGAAAACGCCAUCCUAAGUGGUGACCUUGAGGUCAUGAGAUUUGCUCUUUCACUAGACGCCGCCGCUUAUGACUCAGGUGCACUAUGUGCCGCUGUUAUCACUAUCGUCAGAUCAUCGCUGAUAGGCAUGAACGAAAUAUUAGAUGAAGUACUUUCAAGGCGAGAAGUCGCAAAGAACGGUCAAUCUUUUGAUCCCAUUUUGGAGAAUACAGCUAUAUCCAUAGCCGCUUACUACAAGCGAAUAGAUAUCGCCAUACGUAUCAGGGGGGUUGACGCUUGGAAUACCAACGUUGCAGUACUACCAAAAAAGACCGUAUGGGUCCAUGAAAAAGAUCCCACUGAUGAAGAAGAUUUCAUUGAUGAAGAGGACUUUGUUAAUUACCACGACUUCGACAUCUCUAUUGUUACAAUGAGUGAAUACUAUAUCUCUACCUCUUCCUCAUCACAAUGGUACAACUGGCACGAUCCCGAUAAAUGGCUUGUCUCUCCCUUGUUCCUCGCAAUUAAGAGCAAUAGUGAAUCGACUGUAGAAGAACUUCUAGAACUGGGAUACGAGCCUGACGGACAUACUCUUAAAGCCGCCAUCGAAAAAGGGCUAUCCGACAGCUUGAUCACUCGGCUUGCAGAAUGCUGCACAGACAUAAAUGCCUUGGGAGCUCUCGGUAUGGCUCGACCCGAAUCACCAGUCCAUGUAGCUGCCAGGUCAGGAAAUAUAAACUUGGUGAAAUUCCUAUUGAGUAACGGAGCAGACCCAAACGUCGGAAGAUGGGAUGUGAACGAAAAGACACUUGGCGAACUUAUUCUACGUCGGGAUCACGAUAUGCUCCAUCUCUUGCUUCAACACGGCCUCAAUGUCAAAAUUACACCGCAACUUAUAAGAAGAAGCAUAACAGCAUUGCAAAUUGCAGUUAUGAAGGGCUAUAUUGGCAUUGUUCGUCAUCUUCUUGCAUGUGGUGCUGAUCCAAAUGUUAGACGAGAGAGGAUAGUAUCAGUGUAUGGGCCUACUGCUAUUGUAACAGCUGCAAAAUUCGGUCGUAUUGAUAUAGUGAGGCUCCUGCUCGACUCUGGCGUCGUUACAGAUGGCCCUGGGCGACUUCCGUAUAUUGAGGCAGUUAUCACGUCGAAAAUCAAAGGUGACGUGGCUAUUUUACAACUUUUAGUGUUGUAUCGAAGGUGGACGGCAAUUGACUUUCUAUUAUUGGCAACAUGCAUCUUCGCAGAUUAUUCUGGAAGUUGGUCAGCUUCAGAUCGGUAUACAGAGGUAGUCAAGGGACUUGAAUUAAUGCUAUCUUCCCUUCCUGAUUUGGAAACAGACGGUCUCGAAGCGAUAGAAGCAACGAUAAGGCAAGAGAAAAUAAGAGGUUUCUCCAGACACAUUCCAAUAUAUAGUAACGAUUUGGUUCGUUUAUUUAGGACUAUCGUCAAUUAUAUAACACCUAUUACCGAAGAGACGGAUGUUUGGUCUGGAAUCGUCAGGUAUCUCCGUAUCACAACUCCGGGUCGUUCCCUGCCCCGGAUCCAAAUAGAUCCGUUGGAAGAAGUAACCAUAUUCGACGUGGAGACAUUGGAAGAAACCGAAGCAGCGAGGGACAUAUCCGAUCCUGAUAUAUGCUUGGACCUUGCAGAAGAGGAAUCUACCGGCAUCCAAUUAGGACCACGGUGCGGGAACGAAGAAGAAGAGAGGAAUCGACGGAUUCUAGACGAUCUCCUAGGCGAGAGGGAGGCCCCAUUUGAAUCAGUAGAGUGGCAGUGGUAGAGCUUGCACCCUAAGAUAUGACAUUGACGGAAGUAUGAUGUGGUGGUUUACUUGUACUAUAACCUUUUUCUAUCCCUUCCCUAUAUUUUAUCGCACUUGCCUUUUCUCUCCAGCUAGACUAUUAUCUUGACAAGAUAGUUAGUUAGAGGAAUAUGCCUAGGUUUUAUUACUGGUCUCUUUUAUGAUUUCAGGGGUUACAAUGCUGCCAACAUGGCCCUUGCAGUUUACGUAUCCAAGGAUAUUUAAACCUCUACCCUUCUG